CCUAGCGUACUUUACGUGGCAACGGCGACGCCAGUGGUUCCUGGUAACUUCGCUGCAACUUGGACUUGAUACGUACACAAUGGCGCAAAACUUACUAGCUCUGUCUCUCAUCGCGAUUCUAGUCAUAUCAGUUGGAGUAAAUGCCAAACGUGGAUGUUCAGCUUUCGGCCAUUCCUGCUUUGGAGGACACGGGAAGCGCUCAGAAAACUCACAGGCAUCAGGCUCUGAAAUACUGAGUGGUCGCCAACUAGGACAAGAAGAGACUCCACCGCACCCUGUCUAUCCUCACUCUGGUUAUGGAAUCCUGCCUUCUGGUGACGAUAUCAUACCGAUCAGGGAUGGUGGUGUAUACGAACGCGAUGAGAACCCAAGAGAUGUAAUGAAAAUGAAGCUUCGAAAUAUCGUUAAAAACUGGAUGGAAAACUUCAGGCGAUCGCAACAGAAUGAAGACGGAGUCUACAUUGAAACUUUGUAAAUUAUCUUUAUUUAUUACCUAUCAUAUAGAUUAUAUGAAUUCGCUAUGAACUGUC